UCUGCUCUCCGUGUCACACUGGAGCAGCUAAAGGCUGACCAAAACUACACAGUCUCCUUUCCUAAGGUGAGGGAGAGGGAGAAAAGUCAGGCACCUCCUCCAACUCGUGGAAAGAAGCUAUUUCACUGACUUGAUUUUUUAAAAAAAUAUAUUAUUUUCUUUCAAGUACCACCGGACCGCAAAGCGGUUUCUUUUGGAAGCAGAAAACUACGGGGCUGCUGCUCAGCUUUAUUUUGGAGAGUUCUCUCACUGCAGACCACAAACGGAUGUGAGGCAGGGAAGGUGCCUCUCCUCCCUCUCUUGCUUCUUCUCUUUUUCUCUCUGUCUGCCUGUCUCUCUCUCUCUCCCUCCCUCUCACUCUCACUCUUUCUUUCUGUGCGCUCACGAACAAUCCAGAAAAAAAAGGGGAGCUGCUUGAUGUGUACACUGCAAAUUUCCUUGAAAUGGACGUGAGGUUUUAUCUCCAGACUGCUCCAGCUAACAUCUCUGCUGAUACUCCCUGCCUGGGACCUUCACCCUGCUUAGAUCCAUACUAUUGCAAUAAGCUUGAUGGUGAAAACAUGUAUAUGAGUAUGACAGAUUCAAGCCAGGACUUCAUGCCAGGAAGCCAGUCGUACCCAGUCCCAAGCAUUGGAGAUGAAGAUUUUGAUAUCCCUCCAAUUACUCCUCCUUCGAUGCCGGACCAUUCACUCCUUCACCUGACUGACACAGACUCUGGCUACCAUUCAAUCUGCCACUCGGUGCCCCAGAAUGGGAUUCUUCAGUUCAAUCCACAAAACAUGAAUCUUCCUGCAAUAACAGUGUCUAAUAUGCUAAGCCAAGAUGGAGCUCUGCUUUCAAACUGCCUUUCUGUGAUGCAUGAUCUGGGAAACACAGAAACUACUCAUUACAGUGCUCACCCACAGAUGUCAAUUAUGAGAUCUGCUAUCCGAUCUACAGAUAUCAGACACCCGGGAAUAAUGCAACGUGGUCAGCUGACCACUAUAAACCAGUCACAACUCAGUGCACAACUUGGUCUUAAUAUGGGAGGAAAUGCUAUCCAACACAGCUCACCAUCCCCACCAGGAAGCAAGUCCGCUACUCCAUCACCAUCCAGCUCAGUCCAUGAAGAUGAAACGGAUGAGACAUCCAAGAUGAAUGGUGCUGAAAAGCGGGCAGCUGUCGAUGUGGGAAAGAAACCCAAAACUCCAAAGAAGAAGAAGAAGAAGGAUCCAAAUGAACCCCAGAAGCCAGUGUCGGCUUAUGCUCUAUUUUUUCGUGAUACUCAAGCAGCCAUCAAAGGUCAAAAUCCAAAUGCCACUUUUGGUGAAGUUUCAAAGAUUGUUGCCUCAAUGUGGGAUGGUUUAGGUGAAGAACAAAAACAAGUGUACAAGAAGAAGACUGAAGCUGCCAAAAAGGAGUAUCUCAAGCAGUUAGCUGCUUACAGAGCUAGUCUGGUUUCCAAGAGCUACAGUGAGCCUAUCGAUACAAAGACAUCCCAGGCUUCUCAGAUAAUGAAUUCAAAGCAGCCUGUGUUUUCUGGUCACUCACAAGCUCCAUCUCCAAUGUACCUUGGUUCAGGUGCCUAUCAUCAACAGUCGGGUAUGAACCCUCACAUAUCCACCAUGCAUCCCAGUUUGUCUCGGAGCAUUGCUCCCAAACCCAAUGGUCAGAUGCCAGUGACUGUUUCUGUAGCAAAUAUGACCAUCUCUCCACCUCCAUCUCUUCAGAUCAGCCCACCUCUGCACCAGUUAUCGAUGCAACAGCACCAGCUUCACCAGCAGCAGACCUCUGUCAUGUCUCAGCAAAUAGGAAAUCACCAGCUAUCAAUGCAGGUUCAACCUCCCCUGCAUUCACCACCAAUGCAGCAGGGGUUCUUGCAAUCUGAGUUUCAGAACAUAAUCAACUCAACAUCUACAGCUGCACCUGUUGCUACUCCAACAAUGGACUGCGUCCGCUCAGUUUGCCGAAAUCCCCCACCACAUAGUGUUGACUGGAAUGACUACUGCAAUAAUGGCAGUUUGCAGAGGGAUAAAACGUUGUACCUCACCUGAGAAUAUAACCUUCUUUCCUAUGAUGACUGCAGGGAAGUCUUCAAAAAUGGAGUGUAUCAAGGCAAUUCUGUGUCUUAUUAAAGAACAAGUCGCUAAGCACUUAGAUCUUUGAGCUUGCACUUAAAGCUUGUGGGAUUGGCCAUUUACAAGACAUCAUGUUGCUUCUUUCCAUCGAAGAUUAUUAUUGGACAAACAUCCCUCUUCAUUUCUGAAGGAAACUUGGAUCAUUUUGCUUACUGUUGGUUUUGCUGUGGAGUGCUGCUGUAGUGAACUGCCUUAGCAAUUUUAUGUCAUUCUGGGAUCAUGAUCCUGGAUCUUCCAUCAGUUGUUGAUAGUUAACCAGUGAAAACGUUGACUGAUGGAUAGAGCACUCAUAGCAAGUUUGUAAAUAGGGUCUGUGUUGCACUCUCUUAGAGUAUAAAAUGAUAAAAUGGUUUCCUAGCUAAAUGUAACUUUAUACUGGCACUGACCAGUGAAAUUAUAUCAUUUAAUGGGACCAGAUUGGCAAGAUUAGUAUUUUUUGCUUAAUUUGUAAGAAAACAGUUUCAUAGUUAUAUAUUUGCAAAAUUGCUUCCAACAAUUUUAUUAAGCACCCCAAAUUUUCUCAUAGACUAGCAUGAACAGUUUUUAAGUGUUAAAAAGCAAAACACAUUUAUUUUGUACUACAUAGAUGUUUUUGUAUCUUCUAUGGUGUCAUGGUUAGUAAUUACGUCACUCUAUACGUUUGUGUAAAUUUUUUUUAAACUGCCAAAUGCUUCUCUGGUGUUUAUUAGAUACAGCAACUGAUUGGAGAGAGCUAAGUUAUAACCUGACAUAUGGCUAUAUAUAAUUGUUUCUUCAUACUGUAUGUCUAUAUUUAAUCUUUUUUAAUGGAAACUGUUGGGCCUAUUUAUGAAAUAAUAAAUAGAGGUGUUUGUAAGUAAUUUUGUAAGCAUUGAAAAAUAUUUUGGGAUGCCAUUUAACUGUGUUGGCACAACCCUUCUCAAUUUGUGUGAUUAUGCUUACUACAUUGAAUUAGUUUCUUCAGUAAUAAUAAAUAAGAAACUCAAAUCUGGGUUUCUCCUUUGC